GCACUUCACAGAGAAACAUAUGUAGAAGAUGCAAAUGGCUCAGUUUACCUUUCUUCUCACAGUAUAAUGAGGAAGCAUUUCUCUCCCAUCUUCUUUGACCGCUAUGGCUCUCAGGGAAGAAGCCCAAGAUUUGCAGGACUCUUCGUUAUUCCUCGACGCGCUCCUCUGUGAGGAGCAUGGCUUCGACCAAGAAUCUGCUGAGGAGGAGGAGGUUCAUGACUCCGAUUCGGCCGUUAGAGAUCCCUCAUCUUUACCCUUGAAUUUGUUGGAAAAUGACUUGUUCUGGGAAGAUGCUGAGCUUGUUUCCCUUAUCUCUAAGGAGGGAGAAACUCAUUUAAAUUUAGACAGUCUAAUUGCCGACGAGCCUCUGCAGAAAGCUCGCGAGGACGCUGUGAGAUGGAUUUCAAAAGUUUGUGCGCACUAUGGUUUCUCUACUUUGACCACUGUUCUCUCUGUGAACUACUUCGAUAGGUUCGUCAUGAGCCUCACGUUUCAGAAGGAUAAGCCCUGGAUGACUCAGCUCGCUGCAGUUGCCUGUUUAGCUCUGGCUGCCAAAGUGGAAGAGAUCCGAGUCCCUCUUCUUUUGGACCUGCAAGUGGAGCAAUCGAAGUACUUGUUUGAAGCAAAGACAAUACAGAGAAUGGAGCUCCUGGUAUUAUCAACUCUUAACUGGAGGAUGAACCCGGUGACUCCAAUCUCCUUCUUUGAACUUAUUGUCAGAAUGCUGGGCCUAAAGAGCCGCUUGCAUUGGGAGUUCUUGUUUCGGUGCCAGCGUGCGCUUCUCUGUCUCAUUCUGGAUUCAAGGCCUAUGAGUUAUCGUCCAUCUACAUUAGCUGUUGCUAUAAUGAUCCACGUUAUUAGCGAGGUUGAACCAUUAAAUGCAAUGGAGCACAGACACCAGCUUAUGCUUUUACUCAAAAUCAAUGAGGAACAAGUGAAUGAAUGUUACAAACUCAUUCUGAAGCUAUUAUGCUGUCAUGAAGACAUUCAAAAUAUUAACCCGAAACGCAAGCGUCUGUCCAGCCCAGAUGGUGUCAUUGAUGUGUCUUUCAGCAGUGAUUGCGCAGAUGACUCGUGGGCUAAGGCAUCACCACUCUCAUUGUCGCUAGAGCCGAUGUUUAAGCGAAGCAGAGCCCUAGAGCAGCCGAUGCAUUUGCCUUCCGUAAAUCGUGUGUCUAUUGAUGUUCUUCACAGCCCUCGUUAGUUUUUUAUUUAUGCUAGUAUUAUCACGAGACACGGUACCCUCUGGCAUAUAUCUGGCACUAGUGUUCUUCAGAUGCAACUUUAUUGUGUUUUUAGUCGUAUACAUGUCUCGGCCAUCAUUUCAAGGUUAAUGACAUGGAAUCAGACUUCCCUUCUCUACUUUCUUAUUUAGUUGGAGGUGAAACGAGGAUCUGAGACCGUGAGUAGAAAGAUGAACUAUAAUUCUACCUGAGUUCUGAUAUUUUUCAACAAGCACUAUAAGGAAAUUUCCUUUAUGUCCUUAUUAGAUACCCCCCCGACUCUCCUUUUGUUUGUGCAGAAUAGUAUCUGCACAUGGAGAUCGCUAUGGGAUAACAUGCUUUCGGUGUUUCAGUAAUAAAUGAAACUUUUGUUGAAGGUCAAACUAAACCCUU